UGUAAACAAUGCUGACAGCGGUUUAGUUAACCUAGCUGUUAACCACAUCCGAAUGGAUGCUGAGCCAGUCGCGUAAAAUAGACUAGCUAUUUGUCGAUAUCGCGUAUCUAUCAAUAAACCAGCUAACAUGUUUCUUUCUAUAAUAUUCAUUUCGUGGAAAUAGAUACAUCCCGUGAGUUUUUUCUAUAAACUGACGUUAGCGUUAGCCUUCCGUGUUGUCGUUAGGAAAGGCUAACGUUUGCACAAGGACGUUAAUUGUUAGCGUUAACGCUUGCGAAAUUAACAGAAAGUCGAAGUUUUAUUAUCCCGAAUUGAACGAUAGUGAGCAACAUCAGUCCACGAUCCUUGUUGUUCUGCUGCAUUUGCUGUCCGGGAGCAAAAAGAGCGAGAGAGCACGUCCAUUUUAGCAGGACAACAAUGUCUACAUCGAACGCUAAUUUCAAAAACAAGUGUGUGACCCAGGUGAACUGCACAUUUUGUGACAGUCUGCUCUGCACGAGGGGCAUGAAAGCCGUGCUUCUUGCAGACACCGAGGUUGAGCUGUUUUCAGACUGGCACCCUCCCCAAGAACCUGUUGACUUUGUGGCCAGCUGCUACUCUACUGAAAGCUGCAAAUGCAAACUGAGAGACAUCGCAUGUCUCAAGUGUUGUAAUGUUGUGGGCUAUCAUGUUGUGGCCCCCUGUAAACCCUGCCUGCUCUCCUGUAACAAUGGCCAUUUCUGGAUGUUCAACAGCGAUGCUGUAUCUACUCUCAACAGACUGGAUGUGACAGGUCUGAAUUUGCUUCUGUGGGGAGAUCUUCCUGAACUGGAUGACAGUGAGAAUGAAGAAUCAGAAAACCCAUCAGAGGAGGAGUGUAUUAGGUAGGCACGGUAAGAGGACAAUGUGAGAGACCUGGAAAGCUAACAUUUUAAGGUGGAGUUAGAAGAGUUUACAAACAAUGCUUGAGAAAAGAGACACUUCAAAGGACAAUUUAAUACUGAAUCAAAUGGGGGCAGAAAGUUCUGCUGUACUGCUCUAUAUGGGUUGAAAACUAAAAUCAUGGUGCACAUAAGUGAUGUCACAGCAGGUGUUUUGCCUUUGACAGCUGAUGGAGAACACCUGCUGGAUCAUCACUGAUUGGGUUGUGGCCAGAAACACAACGUGCUCCAAAGCUGGCACACACAGUGAAUAGUGCAGCGAAAGUUGUUUGCUCUGUGUAAAUUUUAGUGUUGAAUUAUACUUGAACCUGUGGCCAUGCCUUUACUCAUCACUUUUCACUGUUAAAAGCACAGACCUAUGUCACACACAUUCUUACUCUCUUAUUCUUUUCCUAGUAAAUCUCAUGGGUUACUAUGAAACGUGGCUGAUAACAAACAACUAGACCAUGUAAUCUUGUGUAGGCUACAUCUCAUCACGUAGUCUUCACUGAGCUAUGUUUUGAUAGACCUCAUGCCAAGUUGGGGGUGUGGUAUGAGAAGUCAAUGAACUUCUCAACGGAUGCUGUGCUUUUUCACCCUGUUUACGUUUAGUCCAAUUUUCUUAUGAUCUAUACAUUGAAUAUAAGCAAAACUCCCAUAAGAGUUAUGUCUUCAAAGUUUAUAUUCUCUCUGUGUGGCUGAGUGCUGACUGAACACCUAGUCUCGUACAAAUGUGCGUUCCCCUGCAGCAUAAACUGCCCUCUCAAUUACAUUUUAAGGGAAACCUGUUUCUCCCAGUUGCAGUUUUAACCUGUGGUUAACAAACAACAAAAACAAAAGAAGCUCCAAGACCAUAUUUUUUUUAGGUGAAGGCCAAACAACUACUUUGUUAGGUUUAGCAAAAACAUCACGGUUUGACUUAAAAAGAAUACGAGAAACAAAAGCAAAAACACUACAAAAAGUACUUUGUUAUGUUUUUGCCACAAGUACUCUCAUUUGAAGCUUAUUUGUGAAACAUCAAAAGCAAAUGUGAUCCACAGCAAAGUACGUUUUCUCAAUGUUGUAGGGCUUUUUGAUCCUGUCUAUUAUUUAUAUAAAUAAUAGACAGGAUCAAAAAGCCCUACAAAUGCUGCAUAUAGAGAGUUUAGUUUAGUUUUUGGUAAGAGCUCAACUCCAGUAAUACGUUCCCAGUUUAAUACUGAUGAUGAUAUAGGAAAGCUAGAAUGGGAACUACCAAGGUGCACUUUACAAAACGUAUACACUUUUGAUGUGGCUCAUUAAGCAAAAUUAUGAAAACAAAGAGUUCUAAAUGGAUGCCUGUGUCCAUGCUGUGUUCUUUAUUACUGUUCAGUUUCAUGUAGCAGCUGAAAUGAAGACAACUCCAAAGAAUCAUGAAACGUAUCAAAUAUUGAUUUGAUAUUGAACUCGCAGACGGGCUACCCUUCUAAAAAAGAUAGUCUCAUUUGAGACCAGCUUAUUGAAUAGCAUUUCAUAAUUUUCAGUCAGUGGAGCUGAUCAUAAAACUCUCAACCCUCAAUUGUCUAUUGGCCUUACUGAUGCUGUGAUUGCUGACAAUGAACCUUUGUUGAGCUGUGGACUCGAGGUUGACGCUGCAUGGUAGUUGGUCAUCACCAACUGACCAGGCCUUUUACUCAGUCCGUCGUGUGACUUGUGUCAGACACAUGCCUCAACAUGUUCCAGUCACAAGGGACUUAACCGCAAAACUCUGUCCUGCUCUGGCAGUGCCAUCCUCCUGUUAUUGUUUCAAUGCUGUGCCCUGCUGAUGCUAUGACCCUGUCUCAAAGUAACAGUCCAUUGUCGACAAACAUAGAAUGUCACUUCUUACCUGAAGAAAAAGGAUUAAGGAAGUAGGUCUUUUUUUUAAACCUGAAUUGGCUUCUGUGUGUAUCUAUGCUAUAGCCUUAAGUUUUGGUAAAAUACACAUGGGAGGAAAUCUUUCACACCCUUCACCUUUUUAAGUUAUAACUGACCGUCUGCUACACUUGCACACAGCGAAUACUGUUAAUAUGGUAAACCGUUAGGACACAGUUUAUUAGCUAGGUAUUUAUUAAAUCCACAAACAAAUACCUAUAACCACAUACUUUUUUGUUUACAAAUGCAUUGGGUUUGUAUUGUGCUACAGUACUUGUGUUUUUGUUCAGGUAUUUAAUUUGUGAUGUAGUGCUUUGUUUUGGAUGUGUACAGGUUUACCUUAAGAAGGUAUCACUUGUGAGCUUCCUCUGGCUAGGACAAUUGUCAAGAUAAUAAAAAAAAAAACAUAUUUAAGUGGCUGUUUCUGACGUGAAUAACUUUGAUUAACAUGCCUUGCUGAAAAAAGUAUAUUUUGGAAUUGCACUGAAACUGCAUUGGUAGUUUGAAAAAAAAAAGAUUUGUUUUUGUAUGCUUGUUAAAUUAAUAAAAUUGUU